AUGGAGUUCCCCACUUUCUUCAGGACUAUUCCUAGUGAUAAGUUCCAAGUCAAAGCCAUGGCUGAAAUUAUCAAGCAUUAUGGAUGGACAUGGGUUGGUGUCAUAGCAAGCAAUGAUGACUACGCUCUUCAAGUUCUCAGUUUGAAACAACCUAUUUGUAAAAUUCAAGGCAAAUUUGAAUUGAAUGGGUUGUAUAAAAAUGGAGAUAUAGUGCUGGGGGGAAUAUUUGAAGCCCAUUUUGCAGUAACCUAUCCAGAAUUGCAUUUUGGAUCAAAACCAGACCAGCUGAAAUGCAAGAGCUUUUCUGUACUAGCAUUUCAGGAGGCACAGACCAUGAUUUUUGCUAUUGAGGAAAUAAACAGAAACCCUGCUCUGCUCCCUAACAUCACACUGGGAUACAGGCUGUAUGACAACUGUGAGAAUCUGGGAGUAGCUCUUAGGGCAGCAACAGCUCUGAUCAGCGGAGAGGAUGAAAUUGCUCGCCAUAACAUCACCGACAGGCAGUGGAUCGCCAGCGAAGCCUGGACUACCUCAACUCUGCUGCAGUACCUGGCGAGAGUGAACUUCACUACUCACUAUGGAGACAGGGUGUCCUUCGAUGAGAACGGAGAUGCUCUUGCAAUCUAUGAUGUGAUGAACUGGCAGAGGGCCGAUGACGGGUCUGUGAAAACAGUAACAAUCGGUCUGUAUGAUGAAUCAGCUCCUGCUGGACAAGAGCUCACACUGAAUGAAGACAAAAUCUUCUGGAACUUUGAAUCUAAAACUUGCCUGAGCAACAGAAAAGAGUUCCCUUCAUUCUUCAGGACAAUUCCAAGUGAUGCCUUUCAAGUCAAAGCCAUGGUUCAAAUUAUCAGGCACUAUGGAUGGACCUGGGUUGGUGUCAUAGCAAGUGAUGAUGACUAUGGUCAGAGUGCUGUCAAGAGCUUUAUUGAGGAGGUAAACAUGUUUGGCUGUAUAUCUUUUUCAGAAACUCUCCCCAGUGUCAUUUCAAAAGACAGAAUGCUGCAAAUCAUGAGAACUAUUAAAGACUCCACUGCGAGAGUUAUUGUUGUGUUCUCACAAGGAGCAAACUUUAUUCCUUUGGCUGAAGAAAUAGUUAAACAGAACCUCACUAGCAGGCAGUGGAUCGCCAGCGAAGCCUGGACUACCUCCACUGUAAUACGCAGUGAGGAAAACUUCCAAUCCUUCGGUGGGACAAUAGGAAUUGCAAUCCGCAGGGGAGAAAUCCCAGGGCUGAAAACAUUUCUUCUUCAGGUUCACCCAGUGUCUGAAAAUGAUUUUGUCAACCUGUUCUGGGAAAGCCUGUUUGACUGCGGAUUUGGGAAUUUAAAAAAUGAUAAUUCUUCAUCUCCAAAUGGGAGCAAAAUCUGCACAGGAUAUGAAGACAUUGACAGUACAGAGACUUCGUACAGUGAUGUUUCAGAACUACGGGUUUCCUACAACGUGUAUAAAGCAGUGUACGCCUUGGCACACUCCCUGCACAAUCUGAUGUCCUGUGAGCCUGGAAAAGGGCCCUUUCAGAAUAACUCCUGUGCAGACAUCACAACUGUGCAGCCCUGGCAGCUGCUGCACUACCUCGCGAGAGUGAACUUCACGACUCACUAUGGAGACAGGGUGUCCUUCGAUGAGAACGGAGAUGCUCUUGCAAUCUAUGAUGUGAUGAACUGGCAGAGGGCCGAUGACGGGUCUGUGAAAACAGUAACAAUCGGUCUGUAUGAUGAAUCAGCUCCUGCUGGACAACAGCUCACUCUGAAUGAGGACAAAAUCUUCUGGAACUUUGAACACAACAGCCCUCCCAGGUCUGUGUGCAGUGAAAGCUGUCAGCCUGGUACCUGGAAGGCAACCAGGAAAGGGGAGCCCCUCUGCUGUUUCGACUGUGUGCCUUGUGCAGAGGGAGAGAUCAGCAACCACACAGAUUCCAUUGAGUGUUUCAAAUGUCAACCUGAUUACUGGUCAAACACCAGGAGAGACCAGUGUGUCCCAAAGGAAAUUGAGUUUCUUUCACAUGACGAAACUUUGGGAAUCUCUUUGACAACAGUCUCAGUGUGUGGGGGGUGUAUUUCAGCCACUGUUUUAGCUAUUUUUAUUCACUACAGGAACACCCCAGUUGUAAGAGCCAACAAUUCUGAACUGAGCUUCCUGUUGCUGCUUUCUCUAAUACUCUGCUUCCUCUGCUCAUUGCUGUUUAUUGGUCAGCCACUACACCUCACCUGUAUGCUGAGACAUGUUGUGUUUGGGAUCAGUUUUGUCUUGUGCAUAUCUUGCAUUCUUGUGAAAACCAUUGUUGUCAUCAUGGCCUUCAGAGCCACACUGCCAGACAAUAAUGUUAUGAAGUGGUUUGGUGCUGCACAACAGAGAGGCACUGUUUUUGUCUUUACUGUAAUCCAGGCUCUGAUCUGUAUCAUAUGGCUGAGUACAGCAUCACCUGUGCCUUUUAAAAACACACAGCAUCUAAACUCAAAAAUAAUUUUUGAGUGUAACAUUGGCUCAAUAACUGGAUUUAGUUUCCUGCUGGGGUACAUAGGCUUACUAGCCAGUGUCUGCUUUGUGCUGGCUUUCCUUGCAAGGAACCUGCCUGAUAAUUUCAAUGAAGCCAAGUUCAUCACUUUCAGCAUGCUCAUCUUCUGUGCAGUUUGGAUCGCUUUCAUACCAGCUUAUGUCAGCUCUCCUGGGAAAUACUCAGACGCUGUGGAGAUUUUUGCCAUCUUGGCUUCAAGCUUUGGUCUCCUUAUUGCAAUAUUUGCUCCAAAAUGUUACAUCAUUCUGCUUCAUCCAGAGAAAAAUACCAAAAAGGCUCUUCUGGGAAAACCAGGCCUUAAAAAAUGAAUAUAUAAAUUAUC